AUCUGAACGCGACAAAAGCCGGACCGAAAAAAGGAUCAUCCAACGUAACGCUCGGUUGGAUUGGAGUGACUCUACUUCUGUCUAUAGAUAUUAUUUUUCACAGAUGUGUUUAGCGGACAACAGAAUUUUUCCGCUGUUGUUCCUUUUCUGUGCUCGCAUGAAUUAACAAGCCACAUACGUGACUCAGUGAUGUAUGUAUGUGGGACCGGUUCAAGUAUCGAUAUUAUUUAAACGGUCUAACUAAUUUUUGGAAGAAUAGUUUGGAACCAAACACCGGAAGUAGUGAUGGAAUAAUUACACACAUCAGUCACGAGAUUCGAAGCCGUGUUGAAGCUGUCUAGUCCUCGCACAGUGUUACGUUAUUCGGGAGAAGGACAUUUCCAUCCUCAUCCCGUCCCACAAGGAUUUGUUGCCAGAGGGUGGUAUUUUUGGGAGGGAUGAGCAGAAACCCGGAGAGUUUUCGCUUACCAAUAUGUGAGAAGAAGAGCGCCUUUCGAGUUUUGAUGUUUAAUAGUGCUUGGGCACGGUGAGUGAGCCAUGCUGAUUUUUGGCGAUUUUUGCAAAACAGUCCUUGUGCGCCGUGAAGACGGAUGAACCGCCAUUCGUCCGGUUCUGCUCCAGGAUAGGAGUCGUGGUGCGAUAGGGAAAGGUGAUAAAAUCGGAAAAAAAACAAGUGAAAUUGUACCAAUUGAUGUGGAAAAUUUUACUGCAUACAUCCAAAUUUCUUUUCUACGUUCCAACGAAUGGAAUAAGUGUUCUCGACCAGAAAAUUGUGUUAUACUCUGGUGUUUUUUAAAGUACAACCGAUGUUCGUGCCAAAGGGGAACAAAGAACAAUUUUAAGGAAAAAAAAGCCUGUACGAGUUUUUUCGUGUCGAACCAGUGUUGAAAAACCAGCUUCAAUACCAAGAGAAUUGGCUGCUGGCCGCUGAAAGGACACGCUGAGCGUUCCCAAUGACGUCACCGAAGAGCUGCACGACGAGCAUAGUUACGACGACGGCCACCAGUAUCAGCAGCAGCAACAAACCAACGACAGUAGCAACACAAGCGCCGGCCAUUCCCUCGGCCCUGACCGUCUCCAGCCGAAUUCUCCGCUCGCCGUCGCACGAAAGCUUCUCGACGGAUCUAUCGCUGAUUUCGAUUUCCGUCUCGUCGAUGACCUCGGAGGCGACCAGCGUGCUGAAUCGAUCUAGCUGCGGUCUGCUCACCAAAACCAUGGAGGAAAAGUUGGGAAACCUGUUGCUGAAGGAUGCCAAGAAAAAUCGGUCUUCCACACUCACCGAAAAAUGGGGUGAGAGCAAUGACCUCAUCCGCAAUUGUGCCACACUGUCGGCGGCCUUGGGGAUCCACAAGAGCUUCAGCACGACCGACAUCUACCAGUUGCCGUCCGAUCAGCACAAUCUCGGCGGAAGACUGUCCACGUCCGAGAUCGCUCUAACUCCGUUCCAGAAGGCCGGUUACCUCUUUGAUCAUCCGCGCCUGGACCACACCUCCCGGUCGUACUCUACUUGGGUGGCAGUCGGAGAGUUGGCUUCCACAUCGCAACUGCCUUCGCCCCAUGGCGGCCAAUCUUCCAACCAAGUACCAACCAUCUGUAAUAGCACACCGACGCCUAGUUUCACGGUUUCCGAUUUGAUAAGUUCGGUUAAUAAGAAAAUCAGACAAAACUACAUACGUCGAAGGCUUUACACGACCUAUCGAGCCAUUGAAAGACUUUCCCAAAGUGAGUUCAAUCUGGAUCGGUUGGAGGCCGCUGCGUUCGCUGCAAAUAACGCGAACAACCCGGGACCCACGGAACUCAUUGUACCGACAACGCAUGCCUCGGCCUCGCCAAUCGGUGGGAAAUCGUCGAGUCCUGCGGCAACCGGCUCCACGAGUCCUUGCCUCGUUCCGGGAUCGGCACUCAGCUCCAGCCAAUCUAAGAAAUCCGCGAGCGGCAAGUCAAGUGCUAAGAAAAACCUCACCUUCCUAGACAUCGAAAACGAGCGUGGAAAGCCGCUGUCCAAGUACGAACGGCACAUGCUGAUCUUCAACUGGCUGCACACCAUCGACGAUGCCCCGAUCGAAAUCGACAACUGAUGCAGCUAGGGGCUUGGGAAUCCGAGUCCAUCGGGCGGAAGUUCCAAGCUGAGCCCGGUGAGCGCGGAUGGCGUUAUUGUGCAUUACGAGGUUGCUGAACCACAAGACGGGUGUAAGAAGUAGGUCCUACAACAGUGCUGCUAUUUUAUGAUAAAGGCACAACGCUCUUAAAACAAGUGAAUUCUUAUAUGUUUAGCUGUUAUCACCAAACUGAAACUGAUACCAAAAGACAACGGAAAAGUAUUUCUGGCGAAAGAAAAGACAUUAUUUUAGUAUAAUUAUACAGCCAUUAAUGAGAAUUUUCGGAUGUAAGCUUCCGGUUUAUCGCUGCUUGAGAUUCUGUUUAGCUAGGUAUAGAUUAUUUCAAACUUGUCUCGUAGGAUAGAUAAAGCAUGAAGAAAAAACUGUAACGAAAUGUUAUUGCUGUACAUAAUGGGAUUACUAAAUAUUACGCGUAACAAUGUCUGGAGCUCCAAUUAAAAGCGCAAAUUCAUCAGUCAUUACAACAAAAAAUUAUUCACAGUUCAAAUUUUCUACAGCCAUCGAUACCCGAGGGACUCGCAAACUUCUUACGCAUCUUUGAAAAGUCUCUGUAUUGUAAGUAGUUUCACAGUGUAUCAGUCCAAAAAAAUUCUAGUGUUCUGUGAUUGGUUGUCGCAAUAGACACCUAGUUUUAAAGUCUUUUUCGUUAUUUAACUAAACAGUGAAAGUAUAAUAAUUUCUGUUACAAUAUCAAUACAAGAAAAUGAAGUUACCAAAUACAUACUUCAUACAGCGAAGUAAGGGUGAUUCAAUUAUAUACGUUUAACAGUUUCCUAUGUACUUAUGUCAAAUUAGUUAUUGACGAGUUUUCUACGACGUGUAAUUAAACCGCGUGUCACGAAUUUUGAACUUGUGUGUACCUUGGAGGACUUUUUUUUAUUUUAACUCGUCUGAUAAACGUGAAUCGGAAAACUUCCAUUUGAAGAGUACAACAACUGCAACAAAACGGAAUCUGCCCAUUUCGGUGGCGCCAAGCAACAGCGGAGAAAACUAUUUUUAAUCCUUCCGUUAUAAUGGGGCGCCUCGCUCAGAAUAGGAAAAGUGUCACGAUUGGGCCCAACAAUCAUCGGGUGACACCACGCUCCAAAACCGCCCACAAUUUGUCGCUUUGGCAAUGGAUGGAUGUUCGAUAUUGGGUAUGAUAGAACUUAUGAUUUAGCGUUGGCAGAUGGGAGCGCGUGAUGGAAUCGAGACAAACAAACGAUGCCAAAAAUAUGCACGAACGAAAAUGCUUGUGACACGUGGCACUAAACUGCUCGAAACUUGUAGAAGGAGGCAUUUUGAAAGAUUCAAAGUUUUAUGAACUACGUCCUUUUGUUUGGAUUUCAAGUCGAUUUUGAAGCCGGAUUUUCCCAAAUUUGUCUCAAACGACAAAAAAGGUUAAAUCUGUUUUUUUUUUAAUUUUUGAAAAUAUUAAUUUUGAUUGCAUAUUUAAACUUAGUUUGCGGACUUAGCCUGUACUCUAUACUUUAAAGUCUGUUUCACAUAGAAUCUGGUCGGAACAUUUCUUCGCAAAGAAAUAACGUACAACAAAAGUAAAAAUGUCAUUCUGUAGGGUUUUUAUUGCACUUUAAGGAAAAAAAUACUUAAAAAUCAUUCGUCAGCUUUUCGGAUGAUUUUUUUUUGUGAUACCACCCAUCAUUUACUGCUGGUAACCUCAUUCGCCAUCUACAUCAUCUACAAAUCAAUUCACACUUUAGUGUGUCAAAUUUCACACAUUUUGGAAAUAAAUAGACCAUUAAAUGUGUGAAGGUACUGCUGCACAUUAAUGUAAAACAUCGCUUAAGGAAACGAAAUGUGAGCGUUUUACACAUUAUGCGAAAAGCGUUUGAAAUGAGAAAAUGUGUGAAAUGUAAAAAAUUAACGGGCCAAAUGUGUGAAAUAUGAGUUCAGGGAGUUCGCAAUAUUAAUUUAUGAUUCGAAAUUAAAUGGAAUAUUCGAAAGACAUGCUUUUCAGAGUAUUUUUAUUUGCUUUAUGCUGAAUAUAAGAAUUCGCUGCAAAUCUGCAUGGAGGAGAGUGGAGAUAUUUUCGAAGUCCAGGAUUAAUUCCCCCAAGCGGCUGUUGGCAGCUACCCCGAUAGACACGAUCUGAAAAAUAUUAAAAUCAAUUGUUAAUGAUUUUUUUUAUAUGUUGAUCUUAUGUCGGAAACUAACCAAAAUUACUUCUAACGACGCAGUUUUCAAUUUUAUUCAAACAUUUUUUUUUGACUGGUUUUGUCUCCUUGAUGGUUUUCAAACUGUUGGAUAGGCCAUUUUUACACACUUUCUUCUUAAGCUGCUAAUUCGGAUAGUGUGAAAAUUCACAACUUGCGCGGUGUGUAAAAAUCUCACUCCAGUUUGACAGCUCCAUACAUUUGCCAAUAAUGUGUGAAACUAUUUUGCAAAAUGUGUAAAAUGAUUUAUCAGUGUAGUUCCACCACUUUUCAUGGUUUUUUCAUGGUUCUGCCACAUUUCUUCAGUUCGCCCUUAACAUGGGGUUGCCAUCUGUCCCGCAAAAGCGGGACAUGUUCCGCUUUUUUGUUGAAUGUCCCUCUUUUUACUCAAAAUGUCCCGCUUUUUUCAUGGAAAACUUUUACAAAUUUCACUGACUUACACUGGAAGAAAUCAAAUUUUAAUUCAUUGGUUAACACGAACAAAAUUUUUCCAAUACGUUUUUUUUCUCGAAAUAAGCAACACAACACAAAAUAAUUUUCGAAUAAAUACAUCUUUUUUCUCAAAAUAAGCAUCAUUUCUUCAGAGUUACAUUAGACAAUACUGAAUAACCUUAAAGUUACGGUAUGAUUCUGAUUUAUUUAAGCGUUUUUGGAGCACGUUCAAUUUGGGUAUGAAAAAUGUAUAGUUUAAGUUACUCCCAAAUGAUUAUAAGAACUUAAUUUUUCAACAGAAUCUUAGUUACAUUGCCAUACUCUAUCUCAAUCGGCUUAAAAUUCCAAAGUAUCAAAUGAUGGUAGUUUUCUGUAAUUGCCACACAAAGGAUUUUUACGCGAUAUCAAAUCCGCCGUUUACAUGUAGAACUUGAAAUAUUUCUCUCAAAUAACGUGUUGAUUUGCGAAAACCGUGUAAACAACCCUGAUUAUUGCAAAAAAACCGUGUAAAUGAAAACCAUGUAAGAAAAACUGAGCAAAAUCAAUCAGCUUUAAAAAAAACCUUAGUGUACUUUCUAUGAAUAACUCUGGCUGAAGGUAUGCGUAUAGUUUUGACAAUAAAAUUAAGCUUUUUUAAGAGUUUUUUUAAAUGUCUCGCUUUUUUUCAGCUGUGUCCCGCUUAUUUGUCGUUAAAUGUCCCGCUUUUUUCUGAAAGUAUCUAGCAAGCCUACCUUAACCCUUCAUUUCAUGAUUUUUUAUUUUUCCUCAAAAAUCAUUUCUGUACCAACACGUGAAAAGGAUGUAUCUCCAUAUAUGGCGAAUCGGGAAAAACGCGUUUGAAGAAAAUACAAUCUAUUUUAAAUCGCUAAUUAAAAAUCACUUGAAAUGUUUGCAUUUUAUGACAGACAAACGAUGUUUAGAAGCAUCCUCUAUAUGUUAGAAUAGAGGAAUAUCAAUUUUAAUGAAAAAACAACGCGCUAUCGUAGAUAGAACCUAGCUCACGUAAUAUUUUGUCUUCUUUGUUUAUACACCCUUUGCUAUUUUCUCAUUUCUAGCUUUAGUUUUAAGCUCGCGUUCAUUUGUAACUAUGUUUUUAUGUUCAAUAAAGUGUCAAAUCUUUACCAACACAUAAAAAGCAUCUAUCUACAUAUACGGCGUAUCAAGAAAAACGCGUUUGAAAAAAAUACAACCUAUUUUAAAUCCCUAAUUAAAAAUCACUUCAAAUUUUUGGUUUUAAUGAAAGACAAAGGAUUUUUAAGAAGCAUCCCAUGUUAGAAUAAAGGAAUAUCAUUUUUCAUGAAAAAAAAAACAACGCGCUAUCGUAGAUAGAACCUAGCUCACGUAAUAUUUUUUCUAACCUGGUUAUACACCCUUUGCUAUUUUCUUAUUUUUAGCUUUAAUUAUAAGCUCGCAUUCAUUUGCUACUAUAUUUUUAUGUUGAAUAAAGAGUCAAAUUGAUUAUUUUGAGUUUGUUUGCGGAGUAGUAGCGAAAAAUUGUUCCGGAGUAAAGGGUGUAUAUCCAUGUGAUGGCAGUUCUGGUUUUAGAAUGUUUAUAGAUCCUUUACUCAAAUUGAGUUUUCAAUGUAACGGAAUAUUAUUUUCUCAAAAGGGUUUUACCGUUAAGUAGGGCAACUGUUGGCCUAUCAUGAGGUACUGAAAAUGGUUUUUGUUUAUUUUUGGAGAUAGAUCCUUUUCACGUGUUGGUACAGAUUUCAAACAGUUGGAAAUGAUGAGUACAUAAAUAAAAAAAAAUUAAAAUAAAAUACGAUUUUUUACUUUUUCCAUACAUACAUUAAUACGACAUCCCGGCUGUAGCGUCAGCUUGCCGAUCCGGCCAGAACUCCACCGGACCUUCCGGACCGGACCGAAUGAAUGGCAAAACCCUCUUCUGGAGACAUUCUUCUUAGUAAACAUUUCUAUUCAUUGUGUCCCCAGUGAUGAAAAUCUCAGUCUUCUUCCCACAACUACAGAUCCCUUGCCAAAUCAUCAACUCACGAGCAAAUUUAUCUGCGAAAACAAACUUGAAUCUACCCGCAACAUUCCCUUUACGCUUCGCAAGGUAAAAUUUGUUACCGGGUAUUUGUCCAAAAUCCAUUGUUAUGAGGGCUGAUCAUGGUCGGAGCCACAUAAAUAAUUACGCUCAAUGGGGUUUAAAUUUUUAACUUUGAUUUAUAAAUUUUUGGCAACAUUGUACCCAAGUUCCUUAAAAUGCUAUUUCGAGAUUUGAAUGAAAAACGUGCACUUACAGCUUUUUCAGUUUUGGCGCAUGGCGCACAUCAGGGUUCGGCAUCCUCGUCGCGCCUCGCUCAGCCAUAGGGUGCGACACCAUCGUCUUUGUUGUUGAUCUUGAGCCGAUUGUUGCCCUCGUUGUGAAUACGUGGUCGUUACCACAGUACAUAAUGACCAAUUCUAGAUUGUGGUCGUGCCACAGUUGAUGCUGCCUUCGUUGUGGUCGAUGUGUUCUUCCAAACUCUAUUCGUGGCCGAUGCCACCGCUGAUGCUGCCCUCGGGGUGACCAGAACGUUCUUCCGAUCUCGGUUUGUGACCGAUGCCACGGCUGAUGCUGCCUCCGCUGCAAUCAAGACGUUCUUCCAAUUUCGGUUCGUGGCCGAUGCCACGGCUGAUCCUGCGAACGACACCGCUGACCGAACUCCGUUGGCCUCGUAGGUUCCCGUUGAACUUGAAAGCCACAGUUGACACCUCGCAGCCAAUGCGACAGAAGCUGUAGAUUUAUCACAGUUGAUCGCAACCGGCGCUGCGAAUGAUGACACCCGACUCUGCUUGCUGGGAUGCUUUGGCGUUCGACCACGGCACAUGGACAGCUGGAACCGCCGAAGGAUUCCGAUCGAUUUUGCCAAGCUGCUGACUGCCGCUGAUUCAGUAAAAGUGCACAAUGCCGGGGAUGUGCUUACGAUGUCCGAUUUGGAUGCACUCGGAAAGCGAUGAGCGAUGAGAUCUUAAGAUGGAAAAGAAAUAGAGAAAAAAGGGGCUCUGGCGGAGGGGUGCGUGAUGUUAGUUGUUCCGUCGGACUUGGCGCAUAGAGGCUACUUACGUUUCUGACCCCUUUUUUUUUUCUUCUCACAGCGCUUGUUCAAGAUGCUGAUGAGCGCUUGGCGCAGCUAUUAGUGGGGAAAAGAAACAGUUACUUCCAAUGGUUCUUACUUGCGCUUUUCGUUCCCGACGCUAAUGUCUCUUAGUGGACCUGCUGUCGCUCUCGAGCUACUGACUGGGUGCCUUGAGGCCUUGUGCCUUGGUGCUAGUCUCGAAUGCCGAUAAGCGCGUUUCGCAGCUAUUGUGGGAGGAAAAGAAACAAUAACUUUCUUGCUCUACCUCUGUUUGUGAUGGUUCCUACUUGGCACUUUUCGUUCCCGAUCUUUGUGUCGUUUAUCGUACCUGCUGUCGCCCCUGAGUUGCUGACCGGGUGCCCUGGCCUGACUUGUGUGGCCGAGAAGUCUGCGAUAAAGUGAGUUCCACUGGUGAAACGCAUAAAAUUCCUUGUUUAUAAGUUGCGCUUACCUCUCUUCCCGAGUAGAUCACCUUUUUCCCUCUAGGGACUUUAGCUGGCCCACUUUCUGCGUGGUCACUUUUCAUUUGCCGCCUUUCUUUGUGCGCGUCUGUUACGUGGUCAACCGGAACUUUAUCUGACAAUCUGUCAACUUUUUUCAUCCCCGCUGCCGCCAACUUUUCAAAUCCAAAACAUUGACAUUCCCUGUCGGGAGAACUGGCCCGACGAUUCUUCAAAUCUUGUGCGUUUUGUUCUAAUAAUCGGACAUCAAUGGGUUUUUUCUCAAAAAAUGUUGCCACAUAAUCAAAACGUAUCAAUUUUAACAAUAAAUAUGAAGGAAUAAUUUACGAUGCAACACCAUUUUGACGUAAGUUUAGUCGUCCAUCAAAAUGCAUCCGCUGUACUUGAUCAACACUUUCUCGUACAACUUCCUUGCCCUGGUUUUGGCAACCAGGUUUUGUUUCAGCGUCCUGUUGGGGUGUUUGCUUGCAUGAUACGACCGCAAGCCUUCUCGCAAACAAAUUCGUCGAGCUGUACUGUGGUUCGUCUUAAACUUUUUCGCCAAAUCACGCAAGGAGAUUCCAGGAUUAUUGUGAACUGAUCGAAUUACCUUUGCUCGCAGCUUCCGUUCAUAUGUUCCACUUUUACGCCUGGUUUGUUUUGCUCGAUCCACCGUAAGGGUCUCCUGGUAACAUUUCAGCACCGAAUUUACAGUCGAUUUUGGAUAUUUCAGGAAUUUCGCGAUCUUUACCCCGGACCACGUCGGUUUCUCUACGUGAGUGUGCAGUAUUUUCUCUCACCUUUCGCGUUCCAUCGUCGAUAACUUUUGACUGACUGCUUCAAUCUUGAUGAAAUUUUCAUCACUAAGUAAACAAACCAUCCGGAUCAAAACACUGUCAAUAGAUUCGCGAUUUGACAACUAUUGGCGCUGCAGUAAAUGAAAAGAUGCGUCCAGAUUCUAUGUGAAACAGACUUUAUUCGUUUCAACUGUUUAUUAAUUAAAGCGAAGUUAAAGGAUGUGGUUUUUAAUUGAAUAAGCACAAUUUUGAAUCAUUGUGAUGAAGAAUAUAAAAACUUAAAAACAGUCGUUCUUAGAUAAACACUUGUCAGCGUCUAUUCUGCGUUGAAAUCAACUAAUCAUUCAUUUACAACAAAAAACACUAAGCUCAUAGACACUUUGUAAACACUGUAAAGUUCUGAAAUAAAAAUGGCUGGCAGAUUACACUCGAAACACGAAUUCUGGUACAAUGAAAGUGAGACGUUAGAUGCUUCAUCCUACAGUUCUUAAGCGUUAUGAAAAUAUCUCUACAGUAAGCUCCGAACAGUGUUAUAAAAACAAACAUCAGAAUAAGUGGAAUUAUUACAUACAUGGAAAAAUAUCACAGAAUCCCAGUGAUGCAUGCAUGUGGCUUGUAGUCGCAAAGAUAAAAAUGAUAAUAUGAUUAAAACGCUGGCCUAUGCUCCAACAAAAACCAGUCUGAAAUGUUGUAAAUGUUGAUAUGAUAGGAUACCUACAUUGGCUAUAAAAAAAAUCUUGAAUCGUGAAUUACUCUAAUCUAUGGACAAUGAAUAAAGAA